GACAUCAUUUGCAGCACCUUAUGAUCCAGAGUUCCUUUUAUACAAGUUUUAAUCCAAAGAACCUUACUCAAGUAUUAUUAGUAGUACCUUCAUCUCCUCUACAAAGAAAAUGGGUGUUUUCAGAUUUCUCUUCUUCCUUUCUCAAGUAAUUCUCAUAAACUUGGUUUCCUUCAUAUCCUCCAAUGAAAUGAUAGACUACUUUUGUAAUUACACAAGGAGUAAUACAUACCAGACGAACCGCGACACCCUCCUAAACUCCCUCUCCACUCGGACAAAUGGAUACGGUUACUCCAGUUCCUCGGAAGGCGUAAAUACCGACACGGUUUAUGCGAUGGCGCUAUGCAGAGCCGACGUUGAGCCCGAUACGUGUCGUGAGUGUAUCAGCAGUGCGACUGCUUUGCUCGGGUCUUGUCCCGACGGCAAGGCGCCAACGGGAUGGCCAGAGUACGAUCCCGACGACAUGGAGGGAAUCGUAUGGUACGACUACUGUAUGGUGCGGUACUCGCGCAAGGCAAUGGAAGGCGUUAUGGCGGUCGAUCCGAGAGUUUUUAGGUGGAGCGUUCAAAAAAAUGCGACAAGCGUAGAAGCAUUCAAGGACGCGCUGAGAAACCUAUUAAUGAACGAUCUACGAGUCCGAGCAGCGAAAGGGGGGACCCGUCGAAAGUUUGACUCGGGAUACGCUCCCGGCCCGGACAACAUUCCUAUAUACGCAUUUACCCAGUGCACGCCUGACUUGUCCAAACAGCAAUGCGAGGAUUGUCUCCAGCAGGCUAUCGAGGAUAUCCCUAAGUGUUGCGGUUUCGGGCCAGUGGGAGGGAGAGUCCUUAAACCCAGUUGUAAUUUCCGGUACGAGAACGCAUCUUUCCUUGGGGUGAUUCCAGGAGAUCAAGGCAAUGAAAAUACUGCAGGAGGAGGCAAUAAUAAUAAUAAUAGAAUGCGAACAAUCAUCAUUGUUGUUGCUUCGGUAACUACAUUUGUGAUACUUGCCAUUGUCUCCUUUUUCAUCAUAUUAAGAAAGAAGAACCAGGGGGACAACCUGGGGAAGCCAAGGACGUAUGUUGAACAUGCUGAAUCUGAGAGUGGGGACGGAAUGAGCAGUGUGGAAUCCUUGCAGUACGACUUUGAUACAGUUAGCGCCGCAACGGACAACUUUUCUGAUGUUAAUAAGCUUGGACAGGGUGGAUUUGGAGUUGUUUACAAGGGUAAGCUUUUGAAUGGUCAAAAAGUAGCUGUGAAGAGGCUAGCUCAGGGAUCUCAUCAAGGAGAUACAGAAUUUAGGAAUGAAGUUUUGCUAGUGGCCAAGCUUCAACACAGAAAUUUGGUUAGGCUCAUUGGUUUUUGCUUGGAAGGGACCGAAAGGCUUCUUAUUUAUGAGUUUGUGCCAAACUCUAGCCUUGAUAAAUUCUUAUUUGAUCCAAACAGGCGCGACCAGAUGGAUUGGGCGAAACGCAGCAAAAUCAUAGGAGGCGUUGCUCGGGGACUCGUAUAUCUUCACGAAGAUUCACGACUUAGGAUCAUUCAUCGUGAUCUCAAAGCUAGCAAUGUUCUUUUAGAUGGAGAGAUGAACCCAAAAGUUGCAGAUUUUGGCAUGGCAAGACUAUUUGGAGUGGAUCAAACCCAAGCAAUUGUAAGCAGAAUAGCGGGUACCCAUGGAUAUAUAGCUCCGGAGUACAUGAUGCAUAGGCAAUUGUCCGUCAAGUCAGAUGUCUUCAGCUUUGGUGUCUUAGUUCUGGAAAUUUUGAGCGGUCAUCAGAACAAUUGUUUCCGCGCAGAGCAGAAUAUGGAGGAUGAUCCCACUAACCUUAUAAGCUAUGCGUGGAGAAGUUGGAGGGAAGGAACAACUUCAAACCUCAUAGACCCCACAUUGAGGGCUAAUUCCAGUCCCGCGAGUGAAAUGAUGAGAUAUAUUCAUAUUGGUUUACUAUGCGUUCAGGAAAAUGUAGCAAGAAGACCAACAAUGGGUUCAGUUGUUGUCAUGCUUAGUAGCUCCUCUAUAACUCUUUCGGUACCCUCAAAGCCUGGAUUUUUCUUUCCUGGUAUCAAUUCAGAAGUACCAAGGGUAAAUGGGGAUAGCUCACGGGUGAAUGAGUCAACUCAAUCAGUAAAUGAAGCUUCAAUUACUGAGUUAUAUCCUCGUUAAUUUGUGUAUUGAAGGUGUUAUUUUUGCAACAAGAAAAUUUGUGUGAAUGAUCAUGUGAACGAUAAGCGCAUUAAUUUUGUAUCUUUUUUCCUUCCUCCAUGUUGAGCUUAAUUUUAUUGAUGUAAUAAUAUUUGUGUAGUGCGAGGGUUGCACUACAGUCUACAACACCCCUGGAUCCACUUUUUAUACCUUACUUUGUAGUAAAAUUUGACCCCAUUUGGCCUA